AUGGAGAUCGUCACUUCUGUUGGUGGGAAGGUAGCUGACAAUGUGUUUGCAGCUGCUGGUGAUCAACUUGGUUAUUUGUUUCACUACAAUGACAACGUUGAAAAAUUGAAAAAGCAAGCUGAGAAGCUGAGGGAUAGCAGAGACAUGGUGCAAAAGAAAAUCGAAUCUGCUAAAAGAAGUGGAGAGAUCAUCUCUGAUUUUGUUCAAAAGUGGUUAGCUGAAGUUGAUGAUGUUUCUGCAAAGGCUGAAAAGUUUUUGGAAGAUGAAGGCAAAGCCAACAAGAGGUCCCUCAAGGGGUGGUGGAUUCAUCUCGGCCAACGUUAUCGAUUCAGUAUGGAGGCAAAAAAGCAUACUCUGGCGAUUUCUGAUCAGCUUCAAGAAUUGGGAAAUCUUGUAAAUGUGUCUUGUUCUGGUCCCCCCUCUGGAAUUAUAUCUUCAUCUGAGGUAUUUAAUUCUAGCAUAUUCGAAUCUAGAAAUUCAUUUAAGAAGGAAGUUAUGAAGGCCUUAAUUGAUGCUAACAAUGUCAACAAAAUUGGAAUAUGUGGGAUGGCGGGCAUCGGUAAAACCACACUAGUUAAAGAAAUCGGCCACCAGGUGAAAAAAGCCAAGGAGUAUGAUGCUGUAGCGAUGGCGAUUGUCUCUCGAACCUCUAACAUUAUGAAGAUUCAAGGUGAGAUUGCUGAUAUGUUAGGUUUGAAAUCUCUUCCGACAGAUUCUGAAUUAGAAAGAGCAAGUUUAUUGUGGGAUAGAAUCAAGAAAGAGAAGCGGGUACUCAUAAUAUUAGACGAUGUUUGGGAGAUAAUUAAAUUGGGUGAGAUCGGUAUUCCUUUUGGGAUUGACCAUAGAGGUUGUAAAAUUUUAAUCACCUCUCGAAGUAGAGACGUAUGUAAUAGAAUGGGUUGCCAAAAGAUAUAUACGGUUGAAAUUUUAUCUAAACAAGAAUCUUGGGAGCUUUUUAGCAAGAUUGCGGGCACAAUUGUUGAAAAUUCUGAUAUUAACCCAACUGCAAGAGAGGUAACUACUCAAUGUGGGGGAUUGCCACUUGCAAUUGUGACAAUAGCAGCAGCUUUAAAAGAUAAGAACAAGCAUGAGUGGAGGAAUGCAAUAAGACAACUAAAAAUGUCUACCCCUUCAAGCAUCCCAGAAUUGGAGAGAGAAGUCUUUUCAUCUUUGGAAUUUAGCUUCAAUUACCUAGAAAAGGAGACAAAAUCACUUUUUUUGUUUUGUAGCUUAUUUCCAGAGGAUUACAAAAUUCCUGUUGAAGAUUUGGCUAGAUAUUGGACAGGUUUGAAGUGGUUUGGAGAUACUCUUGAGGCAAUUGAGGAUGUCAGAAACAAGGUUCAUGCUAUUGUAAGUACCAUAACCUCUUCUUUUUUCUUGAUUGAAGAAAGUAAAAUGUAUGUAAAAAUGCAUGAUGUUAUUCGUGAUUUUGCAAUAGCUAGAGCUCCUAGAUGCAACUACAAGUGCAUGGUAAAUGGUGCAUGGGGACAUAGGGAUACAUUUGAAGAUUUCACAUGUAUCUCAUUAGUGGGAAAUUAUAUUGGGGAGAUACCGAAUGGGUUGGAACACCCAAAAUUGGAGGCUUUAUUGCUACAGGAAAAUAAAAGUUUUGUUUUCCCUAGUAGUUUCUUUGAGAAAAUACCAAAUCUCAAAGUUUUAAACUUGGGACGAACAUACAUUGAGACGCUGUCUGAUUCACUUUCAUUUCUCACAAAUCUUAGAACAUUAGAUGUUAGUGCUUCCAAAUUGGUUGAUCUAUCAGUAAUUGGGAGGCUAAGCAAACUUGAAAUUCUUUCUCUUUUUGAUUCUAAACUUGUUAAGGAGAUCCCUUUAUCCUUUAGUCAAUUAACUAACCUCAGGUUGUUAGAUUUGAAUAAUAUGGAUUUAGAAAUUAUACCUUGUGGUGUUAUAUCUUCUCUUCGAAAGUUAGAGGAGUUGUACAUCAAUCAUUUUGUUAAAUGGGAAUCUGAAAAUGGUAGCAAUGCCAAACUUGUCGAAUUAGAGGCCUUGUCCCGAUUGACUAGGUUACAUAUUUUUAUUCCAAGUAAGCUUGAUUUGUCACCAAAUUUCUUGUCAUUCAAAAGACUGUCCAACUUUACCUUAGUAAUAAGUCAUAGUCCACUUAUUUGGGGUGAAUCUCGAUUUCAAAAAUAUUUGAGUAAAGUGUUGUACUCAAGAAAUAUGGAGAUCACAGGGACUAACAUUUCAAUGAUAUAUGAUGAGCUUAGAAGUUUGGUCAAAAGAGCUGAAAGUCUAACUUUAGAGAAUAUUGUUGAUUUAGAGAGUUUUAGUAAUGACCUAAUUGAAGAAGUGUUCAAUGAAUUAAAGUAUCUCCGGAUCAAAGAUUGUGAUAAGAUAAGGUAUCUCUUCAAUACAUUGGAAUGGACACCAAACUCAACUUUCCACAAUUUAGAGGAAUUGCACAUUAGGGAUAAUUCCAACCUUGUUGAACUAUGUCAUGGACAGCCUCUUGCUCAGUCUUUCUGUAAACUAAGAGUUUUAAAAGUGCAUAGCUGCGACAUCUUGCUAAAUAUUGCACCAAGUUAUUUGCUACAACGGUUUCAAAAUCUUCGAACUCUUAGAGUGAAAAGGUGUAAAUCAUUGAUGUAUAUAUUUGAUUGUGAAAAGAUUGAGAUUGCAAAGGGCGAAACCAAGUUACUUUCAUCAUUAGAGUAUCUAUAUUUGGAAUCUUUGGAAGAGACGUCACAUAUAUGGAGGGAGAUCUUUGAGAAGAAAGAAGCGGAGGAUGAAGAGUUAGAUCACACCAUAACCUCCCCAUGCUUGGGAAACCUGACUUCUAUAGAUAUAAAUACUUGUAAUAAUUUAGAAAUCCUCUUCACUCCCUCAAUUGCUAAACUCUUGGUGAAGCUCAGAAGUCUUGAGGUAAGGUACUGCUCUAAAAUACAAGAAAUAAUCACAAAUGAGAAAGGAGAAAAAGAAAAGCCAUCUACAAGCAUUGUGUUUUCUAGUUUGGUCCACUUGCAACUUGAAUAUCUACGAAACCUCACUUGUUUUAGUUCUGGGCCAUGUACUAUUGAAUUCCCAAAAUUGGAAAGAUUAGAGAUAUAUGAAUGUGGAAAAAUGAAGACCUUCGGUUUUGGAGAGCAAGUGACACCCAACCUUAAAGAAGUGUUUUUUAGCAAAGAUUUUCCCGAAGAAGGUACUGGACAUUGGAAUGGCGACCUCAAUACCACAAUGGAAGAGUUUUUCAAUGAACAGGCACAAAAGGCUGCUGCCAGAAGAACGAAUUACAAAAGGCCGUUGCUGCAAGGAGACCAAAUUAAAGUAUGA